CCAGUCCAGUGUAGUAGUGGCCAAUACAGUGGUCCUAGGUCCACUACAUGUAUGACCUGUCCAGCAGGCUACAGUUGUGCCACCACUGUGUCUAGUCCCCUGCCUUGUCCACUUGGGACUUACUCCAUUGGUGGUCAGACGGCCUGUACCUCCUGCCCGGCUGGCAGUGCCUGUCCAUCUGCUACCAAUGUGUCCAGUAUUUACAUCUGUCCAGUUGGCACCUACUCUCUACCUGACAGCCCUGAUUGCACAGUCUGUCCAUCAGGGAAGUAUUGUCCGUCCAUCACUGAGGACACAGUACUGGACUGUCCAUAUGGAACCUUCAGCCAUUCUGGUCAAGCUGUGUGCAUGUCAUGUCCAGCAGGAUGGCAGUGUCCAGCGCUGGACGGAACACAGAACUCUGAGUGUGUUCCAGGGUUCUUUUCUAUAGGUAACCAAACAGCAUGUACUCAAUGCUCAGCUGGUUUUGCCUGUCCAAGUACAACCUCCAAUCAAACCUUUGCCUGUCAUCCUGGUACUUAUGCUGUUGCUGGUUCCACCAGUUGUACCCUGUGUAUCCCAGGCUAUGAGUGCCCCCGUGUGGACAGCGCUGAGAGAUUACCGUGUAACUCGGGGUACUUCAGCAUAGGCUCUCAAGCUGCGUGUGACGCUUGCCCUGCUGGCUACGCUUGUGAUUCUUCAUUAAACAGGACCCAGUGUCCAGUGGGCACGUACUCCCUGCUAGGAGCCAGCAUGUGCACACCGUGUGAAGCAGGGCGCAAGUGUCCAUUCACCAACCAGACCAGCGAGGAGUGUGAGAAUGGCACAUACAGUCUUGGCAGUCAGGUGGAGUGCACCCCGUGUCCCGCAGGCUCAUAUUGUGCACAAAAGGACAUACCACCCCUAAUUUGUCAAAUGGGUACAUACAGUAGCACCUCCGUCAUGGAGUGUUCCCCUUGCUCUCCAGGGUACAUGUGUGGCAUCAACAGGACCAGCAGUGAACCCCCACAGGAUAUUUGCCCAAUAGGCUCGUAUUGUCCAGAUGGUAAGAUAAGCAUACUGUGUCCCAAAAGUACCUAUGGUAACAUGACCGGUGCCAGCAAUAUCACCUACUGUCUUCCCUGUGUCGCCGGGUGGAUUUGUAAGGUGGGCACUAGGGGGCACCCUGGCACCCCUGGCUCUAAUGCUCAGUUAUGUUACGAAGGUCAUUAUUGUCCAGAGGGCGCUGAGUACCAGGGAUGCCCUAAGGGUAUGUGGAGCCCCAAUAAAGGUAACACUGACCCUGAAGACUGUGAUUUGUGUCCUGGUGGGAUGUUGUGUGAGAAGAAGGGCAUAUUUCGACCAUAUUUUGUAUGCCCUGACAGUUACUAUUGUCCACCUGGUAGCCAUACUCCAACCAAGUGUCCACCAGGUAGAGACACCCGGGGUGGAGCGUCCCACAUAGACCACUGCCUGCCAACAGAAAAGGGUUUCUUUAGCACAGGGCAAGGGACUGAAAGACGGGCACCUUGUCACCCUGGGCACUGGGGAAACGUGACAGGAAUGCAAACACACGAGUUGGCUUGUACUCUGUGUCCACCUGGGAAAGUCUGUGAUGGCCUUGCUUUGACAGAGCCUGGCAGAGACUGUGAGUUGGGUUACUAUUGUCUAGAAGGUACAGUGAGCCCCACCCAGUACCCCUGUCCCCCGGGGACACUGGGCAAUGCCACUGGACUGGUCAGUGUAAGCGGCUGUCUGAUCUGCCCAGCAGGCUUUGCUUGUACUGGGGCGACUGGGUCUCCCUUAGUUGAAAUGUUGAUAUGUGCAAAGGGACAUUAUUGUCCCAAUGGGACAGUUUCAGACGUCCAGUUUCCUUGCCCUGGAGGGACAUACAAUUCAUAUACAGGAAUGAGCCAAUUGUCCGACUGUAAAACAUGUCCUGCUGGACAACUUUGUCCUCCUGGAACAUACGAAAUUGUAGAGGCAUACUCAAUGUGUGACCGUGGUCAUUACUGUCCAGCUGGGACCAAUCAAUCCGUUCCAUGCCCUGGUGGUACCUAUAACCCGGAUGAAGGGAGCAUAGCUGUAACGUUCUGCAGAGGUUGCCCAAUUGGUCACUAUUGUCCAGCAGGCAGUGUGGACCCUACGCCUUGUGAACCAGGUACCAUGAACCCUAACGUGAACCAGUCCAGGGAAUCAUCAGCCUGUCUGCCUUGCACUGCUGGCCAGGUGUGUACGGCAUACGGUCUAACUGAGCCCGAUGGCCCAUGUCAAGCUGGUUUCUUCUGUCCAGAAGGCACAGCCAUGGCAAACGAAACUGUCUGUCCAGCAGGCACUUAUACCGACCGAGACAAUCUGACCUCUGCAGAUGAAUGUGACAUCUGCCCAGCAUCCUUUGCCUGUUUGGAAGGCACAGGCGGAUUUAAGUUGCGCCCGAGACCAUGCAGCAAAGGGUUACUACUGCAAGAGAGGGUCAUGGAAACCAUGGGGGGAAUGCUUCCCUGGAUACUACUGUCCUGA